AUGAACGCCGACUGCUCUUAUGAUCUUUACAUUCUGUCGCCACAAACCAGCACUUCAAACGAUACCGAUCGAUUCCUCAUCACUGUUCGGGAAAAUACGACAUUCGUCGAACAAUAUCUCGUGAAUCAUGUCUACACGCUAGUUGUGCCACCUUGGUGCUCACCAACUACAAUUCUUAUUGAGUCGGCAAAUCUCACCGACGGUGACUUUCGUUGGCCACACGGAUUUCAAAUGUUGAACGCCUCAAGUGUUUUGAUAAAUUGGAUGCCCGGAAAUGAAUCAACUCAAGGAGCCCUCGCGAUGGUUCGCAUGAAUGAAGUGGACAAGGAAAAGUCAACAGAAAGUGGGAAAUCAUCAAAACUUUGGUAUUGGGUUGGAUCGGCAAUCGGGGUGCUCGUGCUGGGGCUCCUGCUCUCAUUUGUGGGACUCCGAUCUGGG